UCUGAUGUGGCAGGAACAGAGAUGUAAUUGAGAGCCUUAGGUCCCGAGAUGAGGCAAGAUCUGCUCCGGGAUUGCUCACUGUUCUCCCAGAAAGAGGAGGAACUGGGCCCAUUCGAGAGAGAGUCUGCACCUGGAAGUUGGUGCCCAGGAGGUCGCCCCUAAAGGACCUGCAAAGGAGUCUCUGUCCUGUGGCCUAGGAGGCUGCAUUGCGGGAUCGAGAUGACCACAGCCACCACUCUGGGAGAUGCCACCUUCUUCUUGAACAUGACCACCAGGGGAGAAGACUUCCUGUACAAGAGUUCUGGAGCCAUUGUGGCCGCCAUUGUGGUGGUUGUCAUCGUCAUCUUCACCGUGGUUCUGAUCCUGCUGAAGAUGUACAACAGGAAAAUGAGGAUCAGGCGGGAGCUGGAGCCCAAGGGCCCCAAGCCGGCUGCCCCUUCUGCCCUGGACCCACACAGCAACAGCAGCCAGCAGCCUACAGCGGUGACCUUCGGCCCGGCUGAUGUCCACGUGGAGACCCGGUGACCCCUGCCCUGCGCUGUCUCUGCCCCUGCCCAGGGAGCUCUCUGCAGAGUGGAGACCCAGCAGCACACUUCUCCGGCGGCUUUGCCACGAGUCCCUCCGGUCGGGUGGACAGAGGCAUCUUCCACGCAUCCCUGUGGCUUCAGGGGGUCCUUAACCUCAUUCUGGCCUGACCCAGCCCACCUGCGCCCACGUCCCCACUGCCGCUCUCCCAAAAGCUGUGCAACGUUUUUGUGUCAUCUGAUGAGGUGGCGCUACACUGAGAACCCAUGGAUGUGGGUUUGGCGUUCUGCCCACAAACACGUUAGCUAAACAGACAGACAGACAGACAGGCAGACAUGUAGUCCUGACUCUUCUGGUCAGGAGUUAUGGGUCAAGGAGUGCUUCUGAGAGUGUCCCGGAGUCUUCUCAGAUGAAGUGCCCUGGGCACAGCUUUGCAGAGCAAAACACUGAAUCCCCUCAUCAGGCACAGGGGAACUAACCUGGACUAACUAACCAGAAAACCAACUUGUUAAUUUAUAACCUGUUCCAGGACUGGGUGACCGCUAGCCUGCUAGCUCAUGAUGAUUGGUCAGCACAUUUUCCCCCUUUAAAGUUAAAAAGAAAACAGAAUUCUUCUCAAAAGUUUUGCUUUGUUAUUAAAGCGUCAGCAGAAGGAGUAGGGUGACCUCGAGGAAUAUUAGAGGUGAAUGUUGUCCCAUUGUCCCUGGGCUUGGGAUGAGCCUGGUGGCUGGUCAGGGUUCUUCCUCGGGCUCCAGGGGGACUGGCCCGACACUGUCUCAUUUCUCUGGAUUCUAAACAGCCCUGACAGUCCUGUUAACCCCUUCCCUCCAGCGACCCUUAUUUGGAGAUGGACUAGAUUCCAACUCUGUUACUUCCGUCCUUCUUGGUCACCUUGCAGAGAACUGAGACAUCCAGAGCUCCACAUUCACACAGCAUUUCUCUGUAGAGAGCUCAUCUCUCACCCUGAGCUGGGAGAACAAUCUGCAUAUUAGGGACAACAUUUUGGGAUUGAGAAGUCCUACUUUAGGGUGGGUGACCUUGGAAAAGUGACCACCUUUCUCUGUUCAACGGGGUGGAAAUGGAAAUAAUUGCCUGGUGGGAGUCAAAGACCCAGUAAAGCAGCCUGAGUACAGCGCCUGGCCCCCAGUAGACAAUUAGCAAAUGGGAACCAGCAUAAUUACUGAUGGUGUUGGGUAAUGAUGUACGAACAUAGGUUUGGUUAUGUUUUAAUGAUCCUGAAAUCAGAACAUGUCUUACAGUGGGUGGGUCCCCCAUUUCUUUUUUUAUUCUUUCUGUCCUUUUGACUCAAUUAUACAUCUUAUAAUUGAUGACAUCUUGGAAACAAGGUAAUAAAUAUUGUGUCAUACAAAGUGA